CGCUGACGCUCAGUUAGCAGCGUCUGGCUCAAAGCACCAAACAGACGAGCGCGUGGUGUCGGUGAGGUGGCAGCUUUCACAUGCAGCUGGACACAAAACACCUGGACAUCAGUAUCAAAAUAAGUUUAGUCCACACAGAUCAUUUAUCUGCAAUACAAGGAUAUGUUUUCCAAUUUUAAAAAAAAUUAUGGUUAUUGCAAAUUGUUGGACUGCGGCGUUUUGUUGGUUGGUAAAAUGUUUGAUGUCCAGAAUUCCUUCAGAAAUGCAAUUGUACCAGUAAAAUGUAGAAUGUAGAAUGUAAAAGCUGUGGUCACAAAACAGCAAUGAGACCAAUUGAGACAAUGACAAUAUUUGUGUAUGCUUUAUCAAAAGAAUAUCUUAUAUACAUAAAAAGAAGGUAAAAGUAUAGUGGUACCAAAUACCACAGUUGCUUCAGUGAAAUUAUUUAAUUAUUUUCAUGCAGCGAGAGGAAUUUCAGUGCUGCCUGAUCCAUAUGCUUUCUUUGUUAGUAUUAUUAUCAUCAUUAUAGAUUAAUCUACGUGUAUUUGAAUCUAUUUGUGUAUCAAUAUUAGUUAGUUGCCAGAAUAUUUCUCUGCUUGUCUCUGUAAUUUUACGUGUCUGCACAAUAAGUAUUGCACAUCUGUUCGCCUUGUAAGCGGGGUUCCGUCCAUCUUUUCAUGGGGGAGUUUUUCCUUAUUCAAAUGUCAUAUUCUGCACAGAUUGAAAAGUUUCUUGAAGCAAAUUUUGUGAUUUGUGUGACUUCCAUAAAGUUGGGAAUUUUUUAAUCAACACUAUCUAAAUCAACUAAAUCAAUGCAGAAGAGACAGAGAUAUCCUACAGUUUUCCAUGCCACACCAUCUUUAAUCAGUCCCUUCCUGCCUGAUAAAUCUUCACUUUGGGAUUGCAAGCAAGCUGCAGUUUUAAAUAAUGCUUGAUGGCACCACCAGGGUAACUUUCUGCAGACUUUGUGAAGCUCCUUGCAGAGCCUCACAGCAUUGCUGUUUCCACAGGCUGAGUUGUAUCGGCCUAUACUUCCCUUGACCAGUGAACAGAUCCUUGUUAGUAAAAAUGGGUGGAGUGUUCCUUUAAUCCCAAUUUUUUGUUAUUACUGUAAAGGUUCAAGGUUUGUCAAAGCCAGUCGUCCAUUUCAUAUUUUUGCCAGUUGGCCACUAUAGUGACAUUUAAAACACUAAUGAACCCAUAAUGCUGGAUUUGCAGUAUGCUGCUUUAUUAAGUCCAUGGAUAGCAGCGUUAAUGGAAUACUAAUUACUAAAUUUCACAUCAUUACAGUAAAUGAAUUCCAAUAGAUAGAUAGAUAGAUGGAAAGAUACAGUUGUCUGUGGUUGCAGUAGAUGCGAUAACUUCUGCAGAGCUGCUUCACUUUUAAUUGGUUUUCCCUAUAACAGCACUGCCCUUUGAGCAGAUAUCAUGAACAAUUAAAUUGGCUUUACUCUUUGUAAAACUGGUAACCGUUGCCACCAGGCAGUUGGGUAUAGUGAUAUCUCUUUAAUCAUCAAAGGUCACACUGGGAUGAAUACUCCUUAAAAAAAAAAAAAAAAGUUCCAGCAGCAGAUUUGGUAUUUGGUAUUUAUAAGUGGUUAAAUCUGUGCUUUGUCUCAGUUCAGUGUCAGUUUUGGGCUUCUGGCUUUUGCACUAUGUUGAACAAGAUUAUGGGAUAGACGGGAUGGGGUGUGUGUUGGGGGGGCUUUUGAUGCCCAACCACAACGGCAGCAUAACGCAUAGCCUAUUUGUCGGAUCGGAUGCAGCAGCAUCCUCUCCAAGCUCUGCCUCAGCACAGUCACACAGACGCCUCAGCCAGCGGAGGAUGCUGAUGCUGCUGCUGCUGCUGCCGGACGAUCCGUGCCGUGCCGUGCGAGCCUUUUCCUGCUGAAAUGAGUCUGCCACCGAAAGCGAAUCACACUGCGACCUAGACCCCGCACCAAAAGAACUUCGCAACAAAACUCUUCCUCGAUUUGGCUCAAUUUCCACUUGACACCGCGGCAGCAUGGGAGUCGCCGGCGCGGACGCAGCUCCACACCGGCUCCAGAAGUUGGACAGGCAAACAAAUGUGAUGGCAUGAAUGUCCCCUUUCCAGGCGGCGUGCGAUCUUGCAGAGACCAAAACAGGUGGACGCGUCCCCUUUUUUUUGUCCAGAUUCGUGUACGUGUGCGUUUUGGAUUGUGUUAUAGAUCUGGUCAACAUGAGGCAGCUGAAUAAGAUGCACCUUUAAUCUGACUCGAGGCAUGGAGGAGUAUUGAUCCCCGCAGAACCCACGGGCUGCCACUUGUUAUUCACAGUAAUGGAAUGAAGACACUCCUCUUGAUAUGAUGGAUGAGAGAUCCAGCAAGCUCGUCCUGGUUCCCAUCCUGGCCGUGCUGUUUGUCAUGAUAGGUUACCAGUACAUCUGUCCCGCCGGCAGCAAUUCGUGCCCCUUCAAGGCCGGGGAGCAGUUCGACGGGGCGAGUCUGCUGUCCGGCCCGUACCAGGACAACGACGACUUCUACCGGGACCAAGACCUGGAGGACGACGGGCCCGCGAAGGCGCCCUCCAAGUUCAACUUCACCGAGCGGGACCUCGACCGGCACGUGGAGUUCAACAUCAAGGGCUCCGACGUGAUCGUGUUCCUGCACAUCCAGAAGACCGGCGGCACCACCUUCGGCCGGCACCUGGUGAGGAAUAUUCGCCUGGAGCAGCCGUGCGACUGCAAGCCCGGCCAGAAGAAGUGCACGUGCCACCGGCCGGGCAGGGACGAGUCCUGGCUCUUCUCGCGCUUCUCCACGGGCUGGAGCUGCGGGCUGCACGCCGACUGGACCGAGCUCACCAACUGCGUGCCCGUCAUCAUGGACAAGAAGGAGGCCGAGAGGAACAGAAGGAACUUCUACUACAUCACCAUGCUGCGUGACCCGGUCUCCCGCUACCUGAGCGAGUGGAAGCACGUUCAGCGUGGCGCCACAUGGAAGACCGCCCUCCAUAUGUGUGAUGGACGCUCACCCACCCAGGACGAGCUGCCCACCUGCUACAGUGGAGAUGACUGGUCCGGUGUCACCCUGACAGCGUUCAUGAACUGCCCGUCCAACCUGGCUAAUAACCGGCAGGUCCGCAUGUUGGCUGACCUGAGCCUGGUCGGCUGCUACAACCUGUCCUCUAUGAACGAGAGCCAGCGCGACCACAUCCUGUUGAGCAGCGCCAUGAGCAACCUGAAGAACAUGGCUUUCUACGGCCUGACUGAGUUCCAACGCAAGACGCAGUACCUGUUUGAGCGGACGUUCAGCCUGCGUUUCAUCUCGGCGUUCACGCAGAUCAACAGCACGCGGGCGGCCAACGUGGACCUGAGCGAGCCCGUGCGCCGACGCAUCGAGGAGCUCAACUUCUUGGACGUGCAGCUGUACGAGUACGCAAAGGACUUGUUCCUCCAGCGCUUCCAGUUCACCCGCCAGAGGGAGCACCAGGAGGUGCGCUUGAAGAGGCGCGAGGAGAGGCGCUGGCUGAGGGAGCAGAGAGAGCAGGGCAGGCCGUGGCAGCCCAAGCACAGAGGAAAUGGAAAUAGAGGCGGGAGACGGGGAGGAGGUUUUGAGAAAGGGACUGAUGGUGACUUUCCCGCCACUACUGAGGACUACACAAGCCAAGUGGCCCGCUGGUGAAGCUCUGGUCCCGUAAAGAGAGAGGAGAAAGUGAGAGAGAGCGCCCGACGGAGAUUCCUCACAGACUACUUCAAACGUUUCCUUUGACGCUCUCUUGCACAUCCUACGUCUCUCUCUUUUCGUCUAACCAUUAAUCUGUCUCCUGCAUCCAUCCGUUUCUCAGCUUCAGUUUGAUCCGAGCGCUCUGCUGUUUUCUUUUAUGAAAACUUCCAAGCCUGUGAGUCUCCCAGCAGCUCUGCCUUGGACUGCCUUUUGGUGUCUUAAAUCUUUAAAUGCUGUUUGUAUAUUUUUUGUCGUAUAAUUUUAUGCCUUUGUUGUUUACCAUUUUGUGUAAAAAGACAUUAAACUGAGGUGAAGGGAGGGGAAAAAACAAUCAAAAGAAGCUGCCGUAGACUGCAAUGCUUUUAAUUUUGACAUUAACUGCAAAAUUAAAUUGUCAUUCAAGUCAUUGUCGGUGUUGCAACUGGUAGAAAACGUUUUCCGUUUGAAAGAUGUAGUUGUAGAAAAACUGAUGGUUGCAUGUCACAUAUCGCACAUUAUACGAAAUUGGGGAUGAUACUUUCCAAAAGAUAUACAGGACUGUACUGUAAACCAAAGUGAAAAACACAAUAUACAUUAUCUAUUUGCUUUUAAUUUUAAUGCCAAUGAAUCCCUCUCCGAGGACCAUGUUUUAUGCAUGCAGUACCCACCUUUUUAAACCAAAUUUAAGAACAAUGAUGCUGAUAUUUUGGUUGCAGUGCAAUAUUUACAUUAUUAUUUUCUAAGUGCAAUACUUGGCAGAACACAGCUCCCAAAGACAACGUAGUGUGCACACAAAGCCAGUCACAAUGGGGGCAUCCAAGCUGAGAACCUUUAGAAGAACUUUGUGUUUUUUUAAUAUCAGAAAUGGAAACAACUACUCUGCAAUGAGAAAAGCUAAUACAUUUUUUGAAGUAGAGGGGGUUGCGGAUAGAAAGUUGGUAAAUAGUACAGGUGAUGAAAUGUGUCAGUGUGGCUGGUGUGUGGCUCGACUGUAAAUUAGAUGAUCAGCAUUCCGUUCUCAUGCCCCUCCCCGUCACACUGUCUGCUUUUACAUGUUUGUAGAGCUGACGGCAGCUGCACUGUGGGCAGUGAGAGCGCUCUAAUGCCAGAAGAGUGCCAGCCUACAAAGGCCAGCCUCAAAGCAGACAGUCGGGGAAAUAAAACACGUCUGUCAUUUCUUCUGCCCGAUAGUUUCCAGUCCCUCAAAUCCAAUCAGCGGAACAGCACACGAGGAUGAAAGAGGGCUUGCUUCUCUCUGGUUAAAUAGGCUUCAGUGAUGCGUUUUAUGCCUCUCAUCUCAUAUUCACUCAACAUCCCUGUUUAUCAAGUGAAAUGUUCACUAAAUGUCAACACUGAAGUCAUAUAGCUGCUGCUGUUCGAACAGUAAUUUCCUCACGUUUCCUCUCAGACUGCAGUUACUUAUAAAAUACCUCAGAUGGCACAGUUUUGUCUCAUUUACAAGAAUCACCCAUGUGUUGUCUUGUUUGAGUGAUUCAUGCACUGGCACAGUGAAUGAGAUGAAUGAAUACAGCUUUGAUUGUUGGAGCUGUAUCGGUGCACUUACGUCUGCGUGAGUUCAGUGAGUGUGUGGAUGGAUGGCACAAAGGCGAAGUGCACAUCACAUUGAUAACACUAGAUUAGUGUUUCCAGCGAGUAGCUGCCAGCUACAGCUCUGAAUGCUGACUCAAUCUGAAUAGAAUUUAGAUUGAGGUCCAUGUCUUGAUGCCAUUUGUGACAUAGCACUGAAACAGCAUGAUGUCCCACUCUGAUUUAAUCUCAAAUGGGUAAAUUGGGAUACUUCUUCUGCAAUACAUUUCAAAGGAAGAUUUAAAGUCCACUACAUUUAUUUGACAGUAGUCUUUUAUCAGAUUGCAAACUUAACAUGCAACAUUAAAAUGUUGCUUAUAUGCUGAUGUAUCAUCGACAACAUCAAAUUAUAUUAAAUAAUUUUUACAUGUUCUGCUUGGUGAGAACCUUUACGAUUGGAAAAAAUAUUGCCCCCAAGUGCCCCAAAUAUUGGACAUGUCUCUAGGGUAUUAAAUAUUUUCAACAGAACAAACAACAGGAGAUUUCUUUUUAAAAUACCAAUUUCCUCAAGGCAAUUUAUGGUUGGAAAUUUCUUGUAUAAACCAACAUGCUGCACUCCUGUGUGAUAAGCCCCUCACUGACAGAUGGCAUGAGCAGUAGAAGAGCUGUAUGGCUAUUAAUGAAACACUCCUUCUAGUGUUGUAAAUGUGCUGUGUGUGUGUGUGUGCGUGUGUGUGUUUGUGUGUGUGUGUGUGUGUGUGUGUGUGUGUGUGUGUGUAUGUGUGUGUGUGUGUGUGUGUGUGUGUGUGUGUGUGUGUGUUUCGUGAGCUCUAACAAAAAGUCAGGUGAUGGAUAUAAAUGUUAUAUGUGUGAUCAUCGUAUUAUUGUUGUAAACUGAAUUAAAAUCAUUGACUGUACAUUCAUUCAUUGCCUUGGCAUCAUCAACUAUGUGCAGUAUAGAAAACUCACUUUUUGAGGGUGAGAUCUCGACCACUGUUUAGUAAAUCUUUUGCAGAGGUCAGGGGUUCAUGUCUCAGUGACCGACCGCUGCCACUACUACUGUGAUUUGAUUUACCUGUAAACCCUCUGUGCUUAUUCCAUAUCUGAACACAAAAAAUAUAGUUUAACUACUCAACAAUAAUGAAUAAAAAGAGUAUGCUGUUAAAAUUUAGGCUUAUGUGUCUGCGAUAAAAAUUAAAAAAAAAGCUGCUUCCUAAAAGACUUUCCACCAAUUUUGGAAUCAGAGAAGUGAAAAUUCUCAGAUUAUGGUGUAAAUAAAUUAUGAAUAAAGCAAACAUGUAUUUUCACUCUUGCUUAUACUGCCAUUCCCAGAAAAAUUGUGGCAUGCCACUUUGUUAAAGGAGGAUUUUAAUAAAUUUGUACUGCCACUCAAUGAAAGCGCAUCUCUCUUGUGAAGCUGAUCUAUCUGUAUUUAUUUGUUUAUUCAUAUGAUUUUAACUGUUGCUAAAGAAUGGCUUUGCCUGAUGGGAAAUUAGCAGCACCUCAGUGACAGCGGAGGGGGCGUUCUUGGUGUAAGAAUUUCUAUGUACAUGUUAAAAGUCUUGUGAUGAAAUGAACAGUCUAAAAAGCCUUUUGGCCUGUAAUAUUUAAUCUGCCAUUUUUCUUGUUUGACCUGAAUAAAAUAAAAAAAAACGAGUGAAUUCUGCUUAAGAUAUCAGAAAUAAAAGCAUUGAAUGGUCAUGACA